AUGGAGAUGGAGCAAACACCAUACACUGAGGAUGACCUGAGCACCACCUCCACCUCCACCACAACCACUACCCAGAAAUCUGACUCGCAACAAGCCGCCACCCGCCACCCAGUGUACCGAGGCGUGCGGAAGCGACGGUGGGGCAAAUGGGUGUCUGAAAUUAGGGAGCCACGAAAGAAAUCACGCAUUUGGCUAGGGUCUUUCCCUGUGCCUGAGAUGGCAGCCAAGGCCUACGACGUCGCCGCCUACUGCUUGAAAGGCCAGAAAGCGCAGCUGAAUUUCCCCGAAGACGUCGAGCACUUGCCUAGGCCCUCCACGUGUACGGCUAGGGACAUUCAGGCAGCAGCAGCUAAAGCAGCACAUACAAUGAAGUCACAUAGUACUACUCCCAAGGAAAACGAUCAUCAUCAUCAUCACCAUGAUCAUGAUGGAUUGGACGGUGAUGAUGAUUUUUGGGGUGAGAUUGAGCUGCCUGAGCUGAUGAAUAGUGGGUGCCACUGGAAUUCAUCAUGUGGUUGGAAUACGACUGCGUCUUCAGGCGACGCAGCAGCAUGGCCGGAAGGAGAGGCUCCACAACAAUUUAUAGGGAUGGUGCUUGUCUCUGAUUAA